UGCUCACCACCACCAGCAACCUCGUAUCGCAGCCAUAAUGUCGAGACCAGGCAUCAACCCCGGCGACGGCAAGCUCAACUUCGAGUCUUCCGAAGACGUAAAGGUGGCCCCCACCUUCGAAGCCCUGGGGCUCAAGGAGGACCUUCUGCGGGGCAUCUAUGCUUACAACUUCGAACGUCCUUCUGCUAUCCAGCAAAGAGCCAUCUUACCCAUCAUCCGCGGCAGGGACGUCAUCGCUCAAGCUCAGUCCGGUACGGGAAAGACGGCCACUUUCUCCAUUGGAAUGCUCCAGUCGAUUGAUACCAGUCUGAGGGAUACACAAGCGCUCGUACUCAGCCCCACCAGGGAACUCGCGACGCAGAUCCAGAGCGUUGUAUUGGCCCUGGGUGAUUACAUGAAUGUGCAAUGUCAUGCUUGCAUUGGCGGUACAUCGGUGGGAGAAGAUAUCAGGAGGCUUGAACACGGCCAACACGUCGUCUCUGGUACACCCGGCCGAGUAUUUGACAUGAUCAAGAGGCGUCAUCUGCGCACAAAGAAUAUUAAGAUGCUCAUCCUCGACGAGAGUGACGAGCUGCUCAACAUGGGAUUCAAAGACCAAAUCUACGACGUAUACCGGUACCUUCCCCCAGCUACUCAAGUCGUACUCGUCUCCGCUACCCUACCGCACGACGUCUUGGAGAUGACGACAAAAUUCAUGACUGACCCCAUCCGCAUCCUAGUCAAGCGAGACGAAUUGACUCUAGAAGGCAUCAAGCAAUUCUUUGUGGCAGUGGAAAAGGAAGACUGGAAAUUCGACACUCUCUGCGACCUUUAUGAUACAUUGACCAUCACACAGGCAGUCAUCUUUUGCAAUACCAGGAGAAAAGUAGACUGGCUGACGGAGAAGAUGCGAGAGAAUAAUUUCCAGGUCAGCAGUAUGCAUGGGGAGAUGCAACAGAAGGAGCGGGAUGCCAUCAUGAGCGAAUUCAGGCAAGGAUCGAGCCGCGUGCUCAUCACAACGGACGUGUGGGCCCGAGGUAUCGAUGUGCAAAAUGUCAGUCUGGUCAUCAACUACGACCUGCCGAUGAACAGAGAAAAUUACCUGCACAGGAUAGGUCGCUCUGGACGCUUUGGCAGAAAGGGCGUCUCGAUCUGCUUUGUGACAGUGGAUGAUGUGCGGAUUCUGAGGGACAUCGAGCAAUACUACGGAACAACCAUCGACGAGAUGCCGGUGAAUCUACAAGAUAUGGUGUAAGCUGCUGGCGUGCGCACACGAUGCUUGUGUUGGAGAGAGAGAAGGGCCAGAGGCAGUCGCCGUACUACUGUCCCGUGAAAAAACUCUUGCCCAUGCCCAGGCCAAUUGCCGUAUACAGUGCUGUGCAAUGCAUUUUCACCCAUUCAUCGUCCCCUUUGUGUGC